CUGAGCCUCUACUUUGGUCAAUCCUGUUUGGGCUAAGGUAUGAUACAACCUUAGCAUGGGCCAAUUAAAAAAAUAAUAAAUUAAGCCAGUGAUCAUGGGAAUUUCAGCACUCGACAAAGGCACGAUAAAGCAGAUAACAACAACUCAAGUAAUUACAUCUGUACUCAGUGUUGUCAAGGAACUGGUGGAAAAUGCUCUCGAUGGAGGGGCGAAUCACGUGGAGGUUUACCUUGAAGAUAAAGGCCUGGGGUUCAUUGAAGUGAAGGACAAUGGGGGAGGAAUAUGUAAAACAGACUCUGUAUCCAUGGCACUACCCUCUCACACGUCAAAAAUAUCAAAUAUGAGUGAUUUAGAGACUCUGGAGACGUAUGGAUUCAGGGGUGAGGCUCUGAAUGCCAUCUGCAAGGUGUCAGACGUCAAAAUAAUUACGAGGACACACGAGGAUGAUCAUGCACGAUCUUACAUACUGUCUCAUGAUGGGAAUAUAGAAAAAGCCGAAUUCUGCAAUCGAGCUAUUGGAACCACCGUCCAAGUGAGAUCCCUCUUCAGAAACUUUCCAGUGAGACGCCAGAUGAUAAGCAACAAACGACAGGCAACUGAGACAGUUAAAUCAAUAGAAAAUCUCCUCCAGGACUUUGGACUUUGUCUGCCAACUCUCAGGAUCAACUACCGAGUGGACGAUAUCACGGUUUUCUCAAAAGUCCCUGCGGAAACUGAUGAUCAGAAUCUCUCCAGUGUUUUUGGGAGAAAUUUCGCAGCUCAGUAUCAACGCCUCAAUUUCAAUGAGCUAGACUCUACUGGGGUCUUAACUGUUCCCAAGAAGGACUUGGCAGAUCUGUCAAGCAUAAGCCAGAUUAUUUACUCACAUAUUUUUGUCAAUGGGAGACCGGUGACACUCAAGGAAUUUGAAAAGGCGAUAAUGAAAGUAAUAUCUGUCCACUUCGAGAGUAAAAUUUCCACUCGAAAAAAGCCAGCCUUUUUCCUGAAUCUGAUAGUGUCCCCCUCCUCCGUGGACGUCAACCUGGAGCCGAAUAAAACGUCAGUCCUCCUGGUGAAUCAUUCCAAAAUCCUCUCUACGACGACGAAAUUGUUAUCGAAUUACUACGAAAUCCCUUUGGAGCCUGAGGAGGCGUCCUUGGAUCCGUCCCCAGCCCUCGAUGACUCUCAAGCCUCCGAAGCCGAUGUCCAUUCCCCAACACCGAAAAAACCUAGAGUAGAGAAGCGAGAGAAAUCCCCGGGACUCCGAAACACUGAAAACAAGGAGAACGAGACACGAAACACUGAAUUACCAGGGGCUCUUCUCCAGGGAGAGCCAAGGAGUCAAUUGCCGGAAGUAGACCUGGGGGAGGAUUUCAAUACUCAAGACAUUGAGGCCCUUCCGACACUCGAUGAAGAUCAGCUGAAGGCCCUGGAGAAGGUCUUCACCUCUCCUGAGGUCGGCCAGAUCACAGCCUCCCAGUGGAGUAAGGGACAGAUACCCUUCGCACUCCCUGGGAAGACUGACGUGUCGAUUGUGAACAUAUGCCAGAGCCCCCAGACGUCGAGAAACAGUUCCUCGAACCCAGAGGCCAACAAAAACGGUUUCCUCAAGUUCUCGAAGGAGAUGCGACCCAAACUUAUUCGAGAAAAUCGUGAUAUGAACCUCGUGCAAAUCGCCAAACUUCUAACUGAGGAGUGGAAGUCCCUGGGGCCUGAGGGAAGGGAGCGUUAUCGAGAGCUGGGGAUGCAGGACGAGUCUCUCUCAAGGACGCGGCAGUCUCCGAGUGGACAGAGACCUCAGAAGGCCAAGGAGUCGUUGGCUGAUAAGAAGAGGCUCUUGAAAUUGCUGGAGAAUAUGAAAGAGGCGCCCAAGGGGAAACCGAAUGUCUUAGGGAGGACUGUUAUACCCUGGGGGAUCAACAUGCAGACAAUGCUGCAGGCGUUUCGAGGCAGAAGGGCUGGGGGUAGUAAUUUGGUCGUGGGAGCCCUUGAGGAUGACGUUUGGAUUGUCAGGACUAACAGCCAACUGUGGUGCCUUCACGUGGAGAAAUUGUUUCAGGGGCUCCAGGUGGAGGAACAGGAGAGUCAGAAGACACCAGAAUUCAUCGAACAGUGCCUGCAACGAUGGCUGAGGGAAAAGGAUUCCAUGGAUCUGAUGCACCCAAUUUUUGAAUUUUCAGAGCUGAAGGACAGAAAUUGAAAACACAAGAAAACAUUUGAUUUUUUGAUAUAAAAAAGAAGUCAUAUUUCAUUUCAAUCGUUAAAUUAUUAAAAAGCGUUACUGUUGCAUGCAAAAGAUUAUCCAUAGAUCACGAUACAUUGUAAAUAAAAUUAAUAAAGUGAGCGUAAAACGAAUAAACUAUUUCCCUGAAGAGUUUACGCAUCAGCCCGAAAUACUCUUCUCCGUUUGCAAUUAGUCGUUGUAAAUUCUUUGAUGGGAGCUUGUGAAUAAUAUUUUCCAACACGUGUCCACUCGAAACAAAUUCUCAGACACGUGCAGGUAAUUGGUUCAAUAACACCACGAUAUAGUG